AUGGGACAAAUGGCAAGGUGCUACGAGCGUCACGGAGCUUGGGAACUCGGCAGCGCGUUCAGCAUGGAACCGUUGAUGUGGCGCCCGUUCCUUCUACUGGAACUUCCUUAUGAGUACGACGUAUUGUUCGCUCGGUAUUUCCAACGAGUUUGUAUUAAUUGUAACAAGCAUGCACUUGAUUGUGGCAGGGACGCAUGUUGCUUCCUAGCCUUGAAUUCUUCGCUUAUUGUAAUUGUUCGGGAAGGUCUGGCAGCUAUUUGGGGAUCUGUCUACCUGGAUGCCCAUGGUGAAGAAGAUCGAAAUUUGAGAAGAGGAAAACCUCUAUUCCUUUCAACGGAACGAGUCCAAUGCCUCCGAAGUGAUUGGGCUGAACAGGAAUGGGAAAGGACGGGGGCAGCAUGGUCGACAAUGGCCGGCUUGCAUCAACUACUCAAGGAUGCUCACCUAUAUCGAUGA